AAUUCCCAAUCCUUUUGCUUUUUCCUUCUCAUCUUUCCCUCCUCUUCCAGAGGGGUUUUUUUUUUCUUUCUUUUUUCCCUUUUUUUUUUGGUUUUUGGUUUUUCAUUGUUUUUCUUCUUCUUCUUCCUCCCUCGUUUCCCUUGUAAUUUCACCUGCGUCUUCGUUUUUCCCUGAAACCCUAACCCUAAAAUUGCAAUUGCUAAGCAAUUUGUAUAAACUCCCCAAUUCUCUUCGUUGCGUGAGGAGGACGAUAUGCAACAGCAGAGGUUCAAGCAGCAAGCCAUGAUGCAGCAGUCGCUAUACCAACACCCUGCCCUCUUAGGGGCCCCUCAGGUUAUCCUGCUUGUUAUUAUUUCCUUGUUUCUAUUUAUCUACUGUUCGACAGAGGGCGUAUAAAGUGUGCAUAAAGAACAGGUGGAACAAUAUCAGUAUCGAUAGAGCCUAUCUUGAGUGGAAAUCUGCCUCCUGGGUUUGAUUCAAGUACUUGCCGCAGCGUUUAUGUUGGAAAUAUUCACCCACAAGUUACCGAACCCCUUAUGCAAGAAGUUUUUGCCAGUACUGGUCCACUUGAAGGAUGCAAGCUCAUAAGGAAGGAUAAGUCAUCCUAUGGAUUUGUUGACUACUUUGAUCGUAGGUCAGCUGCUCUUGCUAUUGUGACCCUUAAUGGCAGGCAUCUAUUUGGGCAGCCGAUUAAAGUUAAUUGGGCAUAUGCAAGUAGUCAGAGAGAGGAUACAUCAGGUCAUUUUAAUAUUUUUGUUGGUGAUCUUAGCCCUGAGGUUACUGAUGCUACACUGUUUGCAUGCUUUUCUGGUUAUUCCAGUUGUUCAGAUGCUAGAGUUAUGUGGGAUCAGAAAACUGGGCGUUCAAGGGGCUUUGGGUUUGUUUCUUUCCGAAAUCAGCAGGAGGCCCAAAGUGCAAUUAAUGACUUAAAUGGAAAGUGGCUUGGAAGUAGACAGAUUCGGUGCAAUUGGGCCACAAAGGGUGCUACUUCCAGUGAUGACAAGCAGAGUACUGAUUCUAAAAGUGUUGUAGAGCUGACGAAUGGAACGUCAGACGAUGGUCAGGAGAAGCCUAAUGAAGAUGCUCCAGAGAACAAUCCUCAGUAUACUACAGUUUAUGUGGGCAAUCUAUCUCCCGAGGUUACUUCAGCUGACCUCCAUCGUCAUUUCCAUGGCCUUGGUGCCGGAGUUAUUGAAGAUGUUCGGGUGCAGCGAGAUAAAGGUUUUGGGUUUGUGAGAUACAGUACGCAUUCUGAAGCAGCUGUGGCUAUCCAGUUGGGGAAUGCUAGGUUUCUGUGUGGCAAACCGAUUAAGUGUUCAUGGGGCAGCAAGCCUACUCCACCAGGGACAAGCUCGACCCCCCUGCCGCCACCAGCUGCAGUUCACAUUCCAGGUUUCUCAGCCGCCGACCUUGUGGCCUAUGAAAGACAACUGGCAUUGAGCAAAAUGGGUGGCGCCCAAGCCCUCAUGCUUCCGCAGGGUCAGCAUGCACUGAAGGCAGCCAUGGGGUUGGGUGCUGGAGCUAGUCAGGCCAUAUACGACGGUGGCUACCAUAAUGUAGCAACAACUCAGCAACUCAUGUACUACCAGUAACUGAGUCGGGACCCCCCCCCCCCCCCCCCCCCCCCCCCCCGAUAUACCUCGACGCUGAGGAAUACGUGUUUGAGAAAACCUAUAGGAUGUGUAAACGUUUUUCGGUUUUCCUUUUUUUCUUUUCGUUUUAAGGUGGUUUUCUUUGUAAUUUUUAGAUUUUAUGUAUCUUUAUAACUUAUACCUGCACUGUGUAUAUGGAUACUGUGCUUUUGUAACAUUUCGGGGUUAUGACCUUACUCAGCUUAGCAUGAUCUUAUUGACAGCUUUCUAUUAGCGAGUCAUUGUGGGAUUUCAUAUUA